UAACUAUUUCUUCUUUUAGAGAAACAAAUAUGACAACCCACAAAUAUUUAAAUUGCGAUUGUAGUCAAUAUCCCUACAUCGGCAGAGUAUCCGUAGCAGAAGAGGGUAGUGUUGACUUUGUCUAUCAAUUUGUGAAGAAAAGAUUUGUUAUCACGAGAAGAAACCAGAAUCGUAGCAUAUUCUAUACUGCCUCUGACAUAAUUGGACCACCCGAUGAUUUAAAUUAUGUCGAAAAAUUUCAUUCGCCAUGUUCUUUUGGAAAAAUAAAUUCGAGAAAGGUCGAUAUUUCAAUAUCUCCGUGGCAACACACCGAUUCCAUGACAGAGGCAAUUGAAGAGUGGACAAAAGGCCUAUAUAUGACGACCGAAAAUAAUUAUAUUGAUAUCGAGUUUCAUGAAGCUGUAUAUCCAGUCAGAGUCUCUAUUUACGAAAUAUAUAAUCCUGGAAACGUAAUUCAAAUUUCGGCUCAAGAUUCCAAUAAUCACUGGAUUCAGUUGUGGGAUGAAUUGUCUCAGAUUGUACCCCCGAAAUCAAGAUUAUUUUCUCCACCGUUAUCGCAUCCGUGCGACUUCAAAACCAAAAUGCUCAGACUAACAUUUAAAAAGAGUUCACGUGAAUCUUAUAUAGAACUGGGUGCUGUAAUGCUUAUCGGUACAUCAGAUUUGAUCCUUCCUAGAAAUCCUAACGAGAGUUUAAGUAAUCUGUUAAAAAGAAUUAACAGCAUGUACUCUCCACACCACGACGAUGUUCAUAAUUUAACAGCAGAUUCAAAAAGUGCACACUUGGAUAUAGUUCAUCUGCAACGAAAUUUUUCUAAAAAUUGUACUUGA